CCGAAAGUUCACCACCCUCCACGGCACGAAACUGGCCUGCGGCGAAGGCGGCUGCGGCGCGUGCACCGUGCUACUCUCCGAGCUGCCAGACACGAAUAAAGAUGGGAAAAGUAAACGUGGUGUGAAGCACAAAGUUGUCAACGCGUGCAUUUUUCUUCUCGCGGACGCGCACGGGAAGCAUGUGACGACAAUCGAGGCCGUGUCGGAGAUCACGAGGAACGAGAAUGGGAAAGAGCAGCUUCAUCCGCUACAACAGUCCUUGGUUGAUCACCAUGGCUCCCAAUGCGGGUACUGCACGCCCGGGUUUGUCGUCAGCAUGCUGCCGACGUUUCACGAUGGUGUCUCCACAAAGAGCGGGACAUCAUCAAACCGGCAUGUUGAAAACGAAAAAACCAUUCACGACACCGAUAUCGAGGAGGUUUUGGACGGGAAUCUCUGCCGCUGCACGGGAUACCGGUCGAUUUUGCAGUCCUUCAAGACUGCUUUCAAAGAUGAAUACGGGAAAAACGACAAGUGUACGGGGAAGAAGUUUGGGGAGUUUGUGGACAAAGUCGUUUUUCCACAGUUGAAGAAGCUGCAAACGACGACGGCCGUUUCGACCACGGCACCCGGCGCUAGUCCUGCUGCCGCGUUGAAAACCGUGAUAAAGCACGAAGGUGUACAAGGCGCGGUCGUCUAUCCCGGUACCUACCACCAACCGACCACAGUGCAGGAAGCGAUCCAGAUCGCAAAGUCUAGCGGGAAUUUCCGCUACCAAGCGGGCGCGACGGAACGGAAGAUCGAGCAGUUGAAGAUUUCUGGGCGGUUUAAGUACCCGCUGGACCUGAUCUCCCUGAACAACAUAGAGGAAAUUUGUUCGGAGAAACACAUGGAACUCGUGGAUGUUGAUCAGGACCUAGUUCCAUCGAAAAACAAAAAAUUCGAAGACCUCGUUCCGGAAGUGCAGUUUACCAUUCCUGCCAAUCUGCCCCUCGCGGACAUUGAAAAUCGGUUUCGGAAGUUUCUGGACUUUUCGAAACAUGCAAAAGACCAGCAGAGCAGCUACAUCGCGCAGGUGAUACGAGCCUAUUUGGAAAUGUUCAAAUGGUUUGCGGGACACCAGAUCCGGAACGUUGCCACUUUUUCCGGAAAUUUAAUCACCGCAAGUCCGAUCGCGGACUUGGCGCCGGUGCACAUGGCCGUGGGGUGUAAGGUUGAGGUCGCAACUGAUGAGGGGGACGGUGGAGCGGCACCUUCACAGGCGGCUUCUGGUGCUGGUGGAACUACGGCAGCCGCAAAGAAGACAAAGCCGCGUAAGUCCUUCCCGAUUGACAACUCGUUUUUCACGGGGUACAGGAAAACGGUUUUAUCCGACAGUCCAACCGACAUUUUACACUCUUUCCACAUCCCUUUGGGGACAAGAGACGGGUCGGACGAGAGAAAUGUGCUGAAGAAGGAUCAUGUCGGGGAACAUCAAGGCCGCGAAGUGAGUGUCACAUACAAGAAGUUCAUCCGGGCCUACAAAGCGUCGAGACGGAAAGAGGACGACUUGAGCAUUGUCAACGGUUGCUUCUUCGUCGAAAUGGCAGUGGAAAACACGACCAUCAGCAGUCAAAAAGAAGAGUUGUACGAAGAAGAAACCACAAUCCCCACAGUGCAGUCCUGCCGGUUCGCGUUCGGCGGGUUAGCGCCCUUCACCCGCAGGUGCACACCCUUGGAAAAGUUCUGGGAAGGAAAAAAGUGGACGAGCGAGAAUUUCCAGACGUCCAUCCCGCUGAUCACCGACUUUUUCCAGCUGCCCCCCGACGUCCCAGGCGGCAUGCCCAUGUUCCGGAAGUUGUUGGCGCGAAGUUUGUUUUUCAAGUUUUUCAAGGAAGUGGAAGAGGAAAUCUUCGGGCCGGAAUCGCCGGUGAGGUUGUUGAAGACCACAACCGCAGCUACUGUGCAGCGGCCAAAGAGAGCAAAGACGCAAGAAAAAUCUUCUUCAUCUGUUGAUCAGCACAACAAGCUUAAGCUUGCCCUGUCACAGCACUCUCCGAAAUCUCUGCUUUCAAUGCAAGACGCUCCGAUGGCACACCAGCACUUCCCGAUCGACAAAAUCGGGGAUAUGAACAAGACCGCGAACACCCGUCACCUUGCGGCGCAUCUGCACGUCAGCGGAAAGGCGGCCUACAGCUACGACCAAGUUCUCCCGGCGACAGCCUGUAACGCGGGUGGUGCGGGGAGCGGUGAUACAGAUUAUGCUGGACGAUCUGGAAAAAACAGACAUUAUCCGAAAACCAACCCGACCGACACGAUGUUCGUUGAUUUCGUUCUCUCCAACAAACCGCACGCCAAAAUCAAGUCCUUCGAUUUCUCUGAAGCGGAAAAAGUAACCGGCUACAUCGGCAAUCUGACUCUCGAAGAUCUCAACUUCUGCAAGACGGUCGGACCGAUCAUGCACGACGACGAGAUUUUUCCAGCGGACAACGUCGUCAACCACUUGGGCCAAGUGGUCUGCUGCGUAGUCGCGGAUUCUCGGGAGGCGGCGAGAGAGUGCGCGAUGGUGACGAGCAUUGUGUGGGACGAAGAAACCAAAUUCGAUUUCACCAUCUCCAUUGAAGAAGCGAUUGCGAAAAAAAGCUUCCACCAUGUGCUUUUUGUGCCGGAGGAGAAGAAACACAAACCGCACCAGGUGUGGACGCAGCGGGAACCAAUAGGGACGAAGUCGUUUGAAGAAGUUGAGCGGUUUUUUAAAAGAGGAGGGGAUGUGUUACAGACACGGAAGCAAGGUGAAGGCGAAGCACUUCCCCCGCCCGUUGUGGACGAUAAUGAUACCCCGACUGGGAGUAAAGAUCCCCGUUUGUCUGACGGCGAAGAGGAGGAACCUGAAGCAAAACAAAAACCACCACAAGCCACGAAAUUUCACUCCAGGUUGAAGGCCACUUCCAAUUUUUUCCACACGGGAAAACUCCAACCCCGCGUCGCCCCCCAAUCCGGCAAAGACACCCCGCUCGCCUUCACCCGGAGAUUACAAACCAGUCUCCCCCCGCCAGCGACGUUCAUCCCCCCGCUGCGACUCCUUUCGGAGCAAAUGGACAAAGAGAAGGCGGCGAAAAAGGCGGUGGACGACGCGAUCGCGAAACAGAAGGAAAAACCGCAAGUGGAUGUUCUUGAACCAAAAGCACAUAAUUCAGAUUUCGAAGAAAUCCAGUCUGAGAUUUACAUGGGCGGGCAGGAGCAUUUUUACUUCGAAACGCACUCGACCGCGGUGGAAAUGUUGUCAAACAACGAGGAAGUCAUAGUCUACAGCUCAACGCAGAACGUCGCGGAAUCGCAGGCGUUCAUAUCCGAGGUGUGCGGCAUCCCGAAUCACAAAGUCCACGUAAAGGUGACGCGACUAGGUGGCGGCUUCGGCGGAAAGGAGACGAGAAGUUGUCUCCUCGGGGUCUACCCGGUGUUAGCGUGUCAGAAAUACGGGAGAAAUCAGCCUGGCGGGGUUGGAGCGAACAAGUGCAAGUUUCUACUCGAAAGAGACACGGACUUCAAAUGGAGCGGGCAGAGACACAGCUUUGUCGCGCAGUACCGAAUGUUGUUGAACAAAAAGGAGAAAAAGAUCCAGGCGAUUGACUGCAAGUUGUUCGCGAACGCGGGGUGCUCGUACGACUUGUCUAAUCCGGUGUUGAACCGCGCGAUGCUGCAUGUGGAGAACUGCUUGAACAUCGAGAAUUUGCGCGUGCAGGGCUUUCUGUGCAAAACCAACAUCCCGUCGAAUACCGCGUUUCGGGGAUUCGGCGGCCCGCAGGGGUUGUUCGUCGCGGAAACGAUGUACCAGAAGGCGGCGGACUAUCUGGGAGUGAGUAGGGAAGACUUGUACGAAAAACAGAUGUACAGAUCUUUAGUAGCAUUAAGGUCGCCGAAAGGGAGUCAGAGGAAGGAGCUGGCGCUUUGUUCAGGUGGUUCAGGAGCAUCUCCAGAAAAGGCCGCUGCAACAUCACCAACAAAAGGGGGUACGGGAAGGGCGCACCAAAAUGAUCGCAAGUCCGAGUUCACCCAAGCCGCUGCUGCGAGCAAGGGAAGUCUGGAGGACACGCCGGCUUUGGCAACAGGCUCGAACCAUUCGUCUCCGAGUAGCAAAAGGAUAGUCCUUCCACCGCAGCAGCAGGUAGUACAGACCCCGCUUUUCAACCUCCAACCCGCGGGACCACAUCAACUCGGCUUGCAGCAAACGUCGGGCGACUUGCUGAAACAAAAGCCGAAAUUGAAGCUGCUGAGUAGCACCGGAUUAUUACAGUUGAAGACGGCCGCGAUUCAACUACCAAAGCCCAUCGAUUUGAAAAGAAAGCAGGAAAAAAACAAAAACCUCCAUACAACUACACAGGGAAACGGCUUUUGGCGGCCGACAGUCAACGAAAACGCAGCGGAAGAGGACAAAGAAGAUCUGACCUUCUACAACCAUCCCAUCGGUACCCAUGUGCCGAUUCGGGAAAUGGUGAAACAGAUCACUGAAAAGUCGCAGUUCAAAAGCCGGCAAAAAGAAAUCGAGGACUUCAACAAGAAGAACAAGUUCGUGAAACGCGGAAUCGCUUUGAUCCCUACGAAAUACGGGAUUUCCUUCACGGCGAAGCACUUAAACCAGUCCGCCGCACAGGUGAACCUGUACAAAGACGGCACUAUUCUCCUCCACCACGGCGGACACGAGAUGGGCCAGGGGGUGCAUACGAAAGUCGCUUCUAUCGCUGCGCUGAUGUUCGGGGUGCCGAUAAAGUUAGUGCACGUCAUGGAGACCGACACCAGUAACAUUCCGAACACCAGCCCGACGGCGGCGAGCACGGGGUCGGACUUGAACGGGUUUGCGUGUCAGAUGGCGUGUGCGGAACUGCUAGAGAGGUUGGAAAAGAUUUUGAAAAAGCACGGGCUGAAAGUCGUUGCGGAUAAUGAGGAAAUGUUAAUGAACGUGAACAAAUCGUACAGUAGAAGAAGAACCAGCACGGCCGGGGAGGAGAUCGUAGACCGGAUCCCGACGAAAAGCACGGUGAAAGGAGGGAAAGAAGUAGAUGAGGGAGUGGACGAAGAGAGCUCUGCUGACGAUGGCGCUGAUGUUAUUUCCACCGGCGGCGGACAGGGACACAAUCCCAGCAAAAUCCCGUUCAGGAGGAUCGAUUGGACUUUGUUUGAGCAAUCUUUGUCACCUAAAGCAACUGCUGCAACCGAGACAAAUCGCGACGAACUCCUAUUGCUGGAGAAGCAGAAGCUGCUCUCCAAAAUCGCUACCGAGGCCUGGUUCAACCGGAUCAACCUGUGCGGCCGCGGGUUUUAUGCGACGCCGAUUUCCGGUGUGGACUGGGGAAAGUUAUCGAAUGAAAAAAUGUCUGGGUCUCGAAGAAUGCGCGAUUUGUCAUGCAGCUUUUCCAUGACGCAUGAGGUCUGGAAUGCAGGACCUAGCAUGACAGAUUCUGUGCGAUCUCUCUCAUGCCUAUCCUGCGUGAGAAACUCCCUCCCGACUUGGUCAAAACUGGAGGACUUUUGGCAAUCAUGCAACGCAGAUAAUUUAUUUUGCAUGCUUCAGAUUUAGCAUGACAAGCUGCAUUCUUCCAGACCCAGACACUUUUACAUUUGAUAAAAGUCGGGGAAGAAUGAAUUCACGGGGGAGCCGUUCUACUACUACUCCUGGGGCGUUGGGGUGAGCGAAGUGGAGGUAGACACGUUGACCGGCGAUUUUCAGACGCUGAGAACGGAUUUGAUCCACGAUGUGGGGCGAUCCUUAACGCCGUUGAUCGACAUCGGGCAAAUCGAGGGCGCGUUUACGCAGGGUUUGGGAUUGUUCACGAGUGAAGAAGUGAUCUACUUGCAGAACAAGGACAGAAAUUCCGCGAGCCACUUCUCCGUCGGCCCCGGGUUCUACAAAAUCCCUGCGGUGGGGAACUGCCCGAGGCGGUUUGAAACACAUUUGCUAGAAAAUUCCCGCGGCCCGAGCGUGCUGGGGAGUAAGGCGAUCGGCGAGCCGCCGUUGUUUCUCGCGUGUUCGGUCUUCUUCGCGAUAAGGGAGGCGUGCCUAGCUUUGGUUUCGGACAAGAAAAUCAGGAACAAAAUCGCGAAGGACAUCCGGUUCGACUCCCCGUUAACGGCGGAAAGAAUACGGGUGAAAUGCGCCCAGAUUCUGUUUUUGGCAGGAGAGCAAGGGAAGAAAAAUUCUGCCGCAGUAGAAAAGGAAGUUGGCGAAGAAAGAGCUGAGGUUGCAGUUGCUGCAGGAGAGCGGGAACGGAAUGAGGACUUCCCUGUGGUUGACCCGGAACUCGCUGCCCUCCAUCAGGAUCUCUUUGAGGAUUUCUCCGAGCCCUGUGUUGCCACCGCGUUUGAAAAAGUUCAACACUGGCAUGCCAGGGUUUAGGGCUUGGCAACGAGAGUACAGUCCGGAACUCGGAAGUACAGUACUUUCAUGGUGCAGCAGCUGGUAACGCGGACGCUGGUGCUGGUCAGUCUCGUGUUGGGGUCUCUUCUGUGUAGUGAGCACGACACUGAGAUGCUAUUUCAAGUUCCUAGAAACUUUUCAAAAGACCACAACAUCCCGGCUGAACUCCGCAUCGCCAUCUACAGUAUGUAUGAGUCUGCUUCUCCACAUCUGUCUCCUGUCUCUGCAAUACCAGGAAUUAAUAGCACUUGAUGUGUUGGCCUUAUCCUUGUACUUUUGCAAAGACAGCAGGGGCACGAGCAGCUGCACAGCGAUUAUGUCGGUUUUUGCAAGUG